AUGGGCUGCCUUUGCUCAAAGGGAGCUGCAGAAGAAGACGUGAAUAGCAAUACGAAUGAGAAACAGAUAGAGGUGGAUAAGUCUUCUGUGCAAUUGGUUGCUCCCGCAAUAUCCAAGAACGAAGACAUUUUGGUAGAUGUUCUUGGCCGGGAUGGAUCCGUGCGUCGUGUGUCGAAGGCAAAUGUUGGGAAUGUUACUGUUUCAUUGGAAGAAGGAGAAGAGAAAAGGAAAGUUGUUGAUGCGAAGAAUAAAGGACAUCAUAGAUCGGUAACAAUGGAUUCAGAGUCCAAUGACGACCAACCACGUAUAAGUAGGAUGAUCAGCAUCCGUCAUGGCUCUGAAACGGAAGCAUGGCCACAAUGGCUAACAGCAGCUGCAGAAGAAGCCGUCAAAGGGUGGCUGCCUCGACGAGCAGACUCAUUUGAGAAGCUAGACAAGAUUGGACAAGGAACUUACAGCACUGUAUACAAGGCACGUGACCUUGAAACUGGAAAAAUUGUUGCGAUGAAGAAGGUGCGGUUUGUCAACAUGGAUCCGGACAGUGUCCGUUUCAUGGCUAGGGAAAUCGUUAUUUUGCGUAAACUUGACCACCCAAAUGUUAUGAAACUUGAAGGAAUAGUCACUUCGAGGAUGUCAGGGAGCUUGUACCUUGUCUUUGAGUAUAUGGAGCAUGACCUUGCUGGGCUUGCAGCAAAUCCUAGCAUCAAGUUCACGGAACCUCAGAUAAAAUGCUAUAUGCAACAACUUCUACGUGGACUUGAACAUUGCCAUAAACGUGGUGUCUUGCACCGAGACAUCAAGGGCUCAAAUCUUCUGAUAAACAGUGAUGGAGUUCUCAAGCUUGCAGACUUUGGCCUGGCAACCUUUUAUCAGCCUGAUCAGAGUCAGCCUCUAACAAGUCGCGUAGUAACUCUCUGGUAUAGGGCGCCGGAGCUUUUGCUUGGUGCUACAGAGUAUGGAGCUGCUAUAGAUAUGUGGAGUGUUGGCUGCAUUCUUGCUGAAUUAUUAACUGGCAAGCCUAUCAUGCCUGGAAGAACAGAGGUAGAGCAAAUGCACAAGAUUUUUAAGCUUUGUGGCUCACCCUCUGAGAUCUACUGGCAGAAGACAAAGUUUCCGCAUGCAACUAGUUUCAAACCUCAACAAUCUUACACACGCUGUAUUACUGAGACGUUCAAAAAUUUCCCUCCUUCAGCUCUGACACUUGUUGAUAAGCUCCUGUCAAUGGAACCACAAGAUCGAGGAUCAGCCACUUCAGCUCUUCAAAGUGAGUUCUUCAGAACAGAGCCCCUUCCAUCUCAUCCAUCAAGUCUACCCAAAUAUUCUCCAUGCAAGGAACUAGAUGCCAAGUUGCGAGAUGAGGAAGCCAGAAGGCAAAGAGCCGUGAAAGGAAGAGGACCUGAAUCAGUUAGAAGGGGUUCAAGAGAUACCAAGAAAGCUCCCACUCCAGAAUUCACUGCUCAGGUACAGCCAAAAACUGCAAGUAGCAGUUAUAAAUAUAAUAUCCAGGAGGAUGCAGGGACUGGCUUCCGAAUUGAGCCUCCUAGAGUAUCGAAGCAGAAUGGUUUCGGGCACUCUGCUUCAAUGAUUCACCCCUCUGCAGUAGGAUCGUCGUUAAAUAAGAGUGUAGAUUGUACAAGAAAUAAUCCAGAAUUGAGGGCACAGAAAUCUCACGUGUCUAGAUCAGGGGAGACGUCUAGCUCCUCCCUUAAGACGAAUGAAAAAGCUCCUGGCAGAGAUUCUUCAACGGGGUAUGUUCCCGGGAAAAACAGGAUCCAUUACUCUGGACCAUUGAUGCCUCCUGGGGGGAACAUGGAAGAAAUACUCAAAGAGCACGAAAGACAGAUCCAGCAAGCUGUGCGUAAAGCCCGUCUCGAGAAGUCAGGAACCAAAGACAAUCUUAAUGGUUAUGGGCAACUACAUGAUAACAGACGAUACAAAGCGUAA